ACUCCAGCGAGCUGACAAUGCUGAAGCGGAUUGGUCUGCUUUCCCUUGCCUGUGGCAGUUGACAGCACCUCCCAGCCGUGCACGGCCUUCUGCUUGCUAACACAGACAGGCUGACUGCAGCAAGCUCAGCUCUACCCCAGUCCGUACACUGGCAGAAAAGUGCACUCUCUUUCCGAUUUUUUUUUUUUGUUGUUGUUGUUUCUUAAGGUGGUUUAUUGGCUGGGUUGGGGGGUCUCGGGGAGGUUUUCUUUUCCUUUUUUUUUUUUUUUUUCCUUUUUUUUUUUUUUUUGGUUGUUUUCGUUGUUGCUGCUGUUAUUUACUUGUAUUCCUAAUCCUGGAUGCAGUUACUGGAUUCUGCAGUACAAGUCUUCAUGAACAAGCUGCACCGCUUAGAGAUUUCACAGCAUUCAAAGGUCACAGAACUGCCACUAUGGUUAAAUGUCUUGUUUAAUGGUUGAGAGGUGCGGAGAAAUCUCAUUUGAUAGUCCUGACCAGAAUGCCAAAUGUGUUCGCAUGCUAGGAGAUGCACGGGUGAGAGGUCAGACAGGGGUUCUCUCCGAGCGCCGCGGCUCCUACCCGUUCAUAGACUUCCGUCUUCUUAACAAUACAACACUCUCAGGGGAAAUUGGCACCAAGAAAAAGGUGAAAAGACUGUUAAGUUUUCAGAGGUAUUUCCAUGCAUCCCGGCUACUGCGUGGAAUCAUACCACAGGCCUCUCUGUACCUGCUGGAUGAGGACUACCUUGGACAAGCACGGCAUAUGCUAUCCAAAGUGGGAACAUGGGAUUUUGACAUUUUCUUGUUCGACCGCUUGACAAAUGGAAACAGUCUCGUAACACUGCUCUGUCACCUCUUCAACGUGCAUGGACUUAUUCAUCAUUUCCAGCUAGAUAUGGUUACAUUACAUAGGUUUUUAGUUAUGGUUCAAGAAGAUUACCACAGCCAGAACCCUUACCACAAUGCUGUCCACGCUGCUGACGUCACACAAGCUAUGCACUGCUAUCUAAGGGAACCCAAGCUUGCCAACUUCCUCACCCCAUCGGACAUCAUGCUUGGACUGCUGGCUGCUGCAGCUCACGAUGUGGAUCAUCCAGGGGUCAACCAGCCAUUUUUAAUCAAAACAAAACACCACCUUGCCAGCCUGUACCAGAAUGUUUCAGUGCUAGAGAAUCAUCACUGGAGAUCUACGAUAGGCAUGCUUAGAGAAUCACGGCUCCUUGCUCAUCUGCCCAAGGAGGUGACACAAGACAUCGAACAGCAGUUAGGCUCCCUGAUCUUGGCAACAGACAUCAACAGACAGAAUGAGUUCUUGAUUCGUCUGAAGUCUCACCUUGACAAUCAGGAUUUGAGACUGGAGGAUACACGAGACAGACAUUUUAUGCUCCAGAUUGCACUCAAGUGUGCUGACAUCUGCAACCCCUGCCGGCUGUGGGAGCUGAGCAAGCAGUGGAGCGAGAGGGUCUGUGAGGAGUUCUACCGCCAAGGAGACCUGGAACAAAAAUUUGAACUGGAAAUAAGCCCACUUUGUAAUCAACAGAAGGAUACAAUACCAAGCAUUCAGAUUGGGUUCAUGACGUACAUUGUAGAGCCACUCUUUGAGAAGUGGGCCCAGUUUACAGGCGAUACCCCCUUAUCUGAAAACAUGCUAAACCAUCUCAGGAGGAACAAGGCGAAGUGGAGGAGUUUGCUCCAUAAGCAACACAGCAGUAGUAGGAGCAAUGACCACUCAGGUCAAGUGACUGGCAGCCAGGAACAGACGUUAAAUGAAGAAGAAACUCCUUAGUGGCAGCUUUGCACUUUUCCUUAUAGCACUGCUAUCUCCGUCUUGAUCACAGCAGCAAGCAAAUCCUGAGGAGCUAGGAGCCUGUUGUCAAGACCAUGGGAAGGGAAGAAACAGCAAAGCAGACACUGUAAGAGUCCUCAUGAACAAACCCAUGGUUCUGCUGGUUCCUUUCUGGAUCUCCUCCAUCUUCCUCUCCCCUCUCUUCAUUCUGCGCAUGCCUGGUGCCAUCCGUCACUUCAGAUCACAAACUGCUUGAAUGCAGGGUCCCAGCCAGCAGAGCUGAAGCCAAGCCAGUUACUGCUGCCAUGAAGCAGAGAGGAUUACUGAGAGAACAGGGGAGGAUAGAGGCACUCUUGGUUAUGUAUUCAUUUACCAUGAGUCAUACUGUGACAUAUGUACAUAGGCCCAGAGCACCAUACGCUUUCCAGUCUGGCAGCUGGGCUGCACAUGAAACCACCAGCAUCUUCAGAACCCGGAGGACACUGGUUGAGUGAGACAGCGCUCGCAGAGGGCAGAGAGAAUCUGGUUAUUUUAGUAAUUAAAAUAAAAGCCUUUUUAACUUUUGUAUUCUGUGCACUAAACAGAUCUAUAAACUUUGGACUGAAGUUACACAACAAUGUGUACACAACUCCAGUGUAACAAGGCUCAUUUUGGUAAUCAUUUUUAUGCCACUUUGGAUAAAAGACGGGCAUCUUCUCAUUGCAAGGAACAGUAUUCCCCUCGCAAAUGAAAGGGAAGGUGUUGUACAGUCUAACCCUUUGAAACACGAACAGAUCUACCUUUUGAGUACUGUUUCAAGUAACAUGUUUAUAUUCAUGUGUGUACAUUUUCUGUAAAUACGAAACGCUACUGAUUCCCAUGCCAAAAUACUGGAGUAUUGUGGGAUUGCUACCUGUAAAAAACAUUGGCACUGUGAACAGAAUACUGUUAGUUUUAAUACAAGAGAAACCAUUUGUAAAUAUGUUAUAGAGUUUAUUAAUAUUCACCAUUGUUUGUGGAUAAAAGCCUUAACUUUUAGCAUCUUUCAUCUUCUGAUAGCUGCCAAAAAAUCAUAUGAUCACAAGAUACGAUUCUGUACUGCCUUUCCACUAUCAAAGGUAUAUCACAGGUCAUUAAGGAAUGAAGUCUGGCAGGAUAACUUCUUGAAAACUUCAAACACAUUCCAUAUGGGUCCGUGCUGUUAAACCAUAGCACCUUGCACAUUCAGUAUAGGCAAAAGCUUCACAGAGCCUGAAGUUUAAGUUCAAAACAAACAAGCAAAGCCAGAAGCCCCCAGCAACAACCACAGUUCAACCAUUCAAUCAGAUUAACAUUUAUUCAAGAGUGCAAAUUCUUACUAAAUAGCAUAGUGAUCUGAAAAGCACGACAUGCUAAUAAUUCUGGAGUCCAGCUGUUUUCUUAAGUGAUGUUGUAGUGGAGAUGGGUUCCCCCCCCCAUUCUCUUACUUAGAUAGCCAGCUAUAAAUGCAUUUGUUUUUGUUAAAAAAAGAAAGAAAGAAAGAAAGAAACCUUCAACCAACUGCUAGAUCUGUCUCACUCAUUGAAGGAAGAAAUGCUGUCUAGUCAGCCUGUUAAGGAAAAUCCUCGUAACUAUCCUAGUAGUUGACGAAUUCUGUGAACACUACGUUCAUUUUCCUGAAAGAUACAUGGCCCUAUUUAUGUCACAGACAGCCUCAGUUCGUUCUAUUCAAAGCUUCCCUUAAGCUUCCAUGAUUUCACCGAGCUUGCAUUCUUGGGCAAUACUGCAUUGCACCAAAGUGAUUGCCCUCUGUCCCCAAAGGAGCUAAUAGUGGUCAGGCAAAGUGAAGCAUUGUUGUAAACCCUCAGCACAUCAAAUCAGCACAGCUGUUUCCCAAAAGAACUAGCAGAUAUGGCCAUAUGAUCAUGUUUAGAGACAGUGGCUUUGGACAGGCCAAAAAAGCACUAUUUAAGUUGGUGUUUGAGAGAAAUAAUGCUUACUUAGAGAGCUGUAAGGGUAGAUGCAGUAGAAUUUGUUUUUAGUUACAGGGAACAUUGACUUUGUUAGACAAAGUCUUCACGAUCAUAAGGUGACUAACUUGUUUAAAGGAAAACAAAAAGCACAAGGUUUAGUAAAGGAUGCUUUAUUCUACUAAUUCAUUGGACAUGUAUCUUCAGAGAAAAGGACUGAAAUUCAGCGAAAUAGGAAGGUGGAAAUCACUAGCUGUGAGUAACAGAAAACUCUCCUUCCUCCCUCUUCUAAACAGGACUCAUAUAUUAGAUGCAACAUAACAGUCAAAGAGAAGGAGUUGCAGUAGAAUAAAAUUAUUUCUAACUAUAGGACAUAAAUGCCUUUUUAACCACCUGAUGGUGGAGGUGGGAGCAUCACCACUUUACAGCUUUUUAGAUAAAUAUUUCUUCAUGACAGAUUUAGGACAAUUAUUAGGACAUUAUACAAGCAGUAUAAUGGGCUGCCUACAAGCACUUAAGUACAUACAAAAGAAUAGCGUUUCCCUCGUUUUGUCUUUUAUACUGAGAAAUUGAAGCCAUUUUCCAUCUAGUUCAAAGGAUUUUUUAAAGUGUUCUGAGGUUUAGUUAAAUAAACCUGGUGCCUAGCAGCAUAAAAAGCUCUUGACAGAAACAUUGUUGUGCUGCGGAGGAGCAUCUAGAAAAUAGGUCCAACAGGAGAGCUUAGCGCACAUCAAGUUCUGUUACAGCUACAGUGCAUCCAAGGUUUUUUCUGUAAUUAGAGCCUAAGGGGCCUAUUACAAGACUGCUCUUACCAAGUUAAAUCUUCCUAAUAAACUUUGAAAAGCUGCUCUUAAAACAAA